UAUUUCUCUAUCAAGACAGUCAAAAUGCAGAACCCUCAUAAAUUAUUUCCUGAAAUAAGGUCAUCUGCUGCUCAAGACCCAGCCUUCUUCUCUCCAGAGCUCCUCUCCUCCCCCCUCCCUACCAACUCCUUUUUCCAAAACUUUGUUCUUAAGUCUGGGGACGGGAUAAAAAAGGAUGACCCAGACGAACAGAAGAGAAGCCAUCCGGAAUAUAUACACCCUUAUCUUAUCAAACCCUUUUCUUCAUCCCUCGCUUUCUGUUAUCCUUCCCUUCAAUCAAGUCGUGAAUUCGUCAAACAAGACUUCGCUCCUGAUCUCAUCAUCUCUUCAUCACCCUCCCUAAACCAGAACAUUAAGAACAGUUACGAACCCAAGCACCAUGUCAUCUCGUCUUUCAACGACUUAAGCGUCACCUUAGACCUCCCACCUGACCUACGUUUCUUCCUUGUUCGUGGCAGCCCUUUUUUAACUUGCAAAACCACCAAUCCAACUGGUCUUUCCAUCCAAAUCAACAACGGAUUCGAGCCCCCGCAACCCAAUUCAUCGCGCACAAAGCAUACAAUUCGACUCCGAGGCAAUAAGCAGACUUGGAUUUGCUACUCCUCAUCCCCAAUUGAGCUGACCUACAACGAUUCUUCUAUCACCGUUGAAAGCUUCACGGGGAUAAUUCGUUUCGCAAUUUUGCUGAAUCCACAUCAUGAAAACAUCCUUGAUCGUUUUAGUGCUUGCUACCCAGUUUCUGGAUGCGCAUUGUUUUCCAAACCCUUUUGGUUGGAGUACGCAUGGCAGAAGAAGGGACAAGGAGACUUGCUCAUUCUUGCGCACCCUCUCCAUCUCAAGCUCCUCGACGUGAAUGACCCAAAGAUCACCCUCUUGCGAGAAUUCAAGUAUGACAGCAUCGACGGAGAGCUGAUCGGGGUUGUGGGAGAUUCGUGGAUCAUGAAAGCAGAGCCAAUUUCUCCGACCUGGCACUCCAUUAGAAGCACCAAAAAGAAAUCCUGCCGGAGCUUCCCAGAAGAAAUUAAAUCAGCCCUCCACAAGGAUAUUGAACAGCUGAAUACCAACAAACCUUCCUCCACUACUGUCGACUUUGGGAAGGUAAUUGCGAGGGCAGCCAGAUUGGCACUGAUUGCCGAAGAGGUGAUGCCCGACGAUUCUUUGUGUGGGGAGAUUAUUGAUGCGGUGAAGGAUUACCUAGACCGGUGGAUUGGCUUGUGGUUAAGUGGGGAACACGCUGAGAAUGGGUUUGGAUACGAGACCAAAUGGAAGGGAAUCACCAGUAAAAAUGGGGCCAUAGACGGUAGCAGAGAAAAUGGGUUCGGUAUAUACAACGAUCGUCAUUUCCAGCUGGGUUACUUCAUAUAUGCCAUUGCAGUGCUUGCGAAAUUAAAGCCAGAGUUGGGGAGACAGUACAGGAUUCAGGCAUAUGGAAUAAUGGAGGAUAUCAUGACUCUGGGUCGCCGUUCAAGCGCAGCAUACCCACGUCUGAGGUGCUUCGAUGCGUGGAAGUUGCACUCGUGGGCCGCGGGACUGUAUGGAUGGGAACAUGGACGAAACCAGAAAAGCCCCAGUGAGGCGGUGAAUGCUUAUUACUCGGCCGCACUCAUGGGAAAAAGCUAUGGGGACACUAAACUCGAACACCUUGGAAUGACUCUAGCGGCAUUCGAGAUCCAAGCAGCAAAGACAUGGUGGCACGUAAGAGCGGAGGAGGGGAUCUACAGUGAAGAAUUCGCAGAGGAAAAUAGGGUGUUGGGACGUGCUUGGUCUAGCAAACGGGACAACAAGAUAUGGAACUUUCCGUCGAAGAGGAGGGUGGUUAAGGUGGGAGUGCAAGUGAUGCCGUUAACGCCUAUAACUGAAGUUUUGUUUCCUGAUGUGGGUUUUGUGGGAAAAAUGGUGGAAUGGGCUUUGACCGCCCUGGACAAGGAGGGUGACGAUGACAAAUGGAAGGGGUUUGUGUAUGCUAUGGAAGGGGUUUACGAUAAGGAACGCGCUUUGGAUAAGAUUAGAAGAUUGAAAGAGUUUGAGAAGGGGAGCUCCCUAUCGAAUUUGCUUUGGUGGAUCCACACAAGACAUGAUUGAUAGGAGUGACAAUUGAGUAUAAUGUACCUAGCUGGUAGUUCCAUUCCAUAUUACUUAAUUUGUCAAAAUGUUGAGGCACAUCAAACUAAAUUAAA